CAACAAGGCUUCCCCUUGUUUCCAGGAGCAUAACUUAACUUCUAUUGCCUCAACAAUUCCUCUGCUUAGACAUGGCUUGUGAAACCAAUACAUGGUUGGUUAUGUUUUUUCUUUUCUUGGCUGCAAACUGCAUGCAACACUGUGUUCUUGGGGUGUCCCAAGUGCCAUGUCUUUUUAUCUACGGGGAUUCCAUGUCUGACAGUGGAAACAACAAUGAACUUCCAACCACUUUCAAAUCUAAUUACAGACCUUAUGGGGUGGACUUUCCAUUAGGACCAACUGGAAGAUUUAUCAAUGGCCGAACAGAAAUUGACAUAAUUGCUCAGUUUCUGGGAUUUGAGAGUUUCAUACCACCCUUUGCAAACACUAGCGGAUCAGACAUACUCAAGGGUGUGAACUAUGCAUCAGGUGGAGCUGGAAUACGCGUUGAAACCGGCUCGCAUGCGGGUGGGUCUAUCAGCCUGAGAUCACAGCUAGCAAAUCACAGAGUCAUAGUUUCUGAAAUUGCUACCAGACUCGGAAGUCCUGACUUGGCUCAACAAUACCUUGAAAAAUGCUUGUAUUAUGUGAACAUAGGUAGCAAUGAUUACAUGGCCAAUUACUUCCUUCCCCAGUUCUACCCAACAAGCAGCAUCUAUACUAUUGAGCAAUAUACAGAAGCUCUGAUCGAAGAGUUAUCUCUGCAUUUACAGGCUUUGCAUGAAGUUGGAGCGAGAAAGUAUGCGAUUGCAGGGUUGGGUCUUUUAGGAUGCAUUCCUGGUAUCAUGGCUUCUUAUGGGACAAAUGAAUCUUGUGUUGAAGAGCAGAACGCUGCAGCAUUCCAUUUUAAUAACAAGCUUAAAGCUCUGGUGGAUGGACUCAAUGACGCAUUCUCUGCUGAUUCCAAGUUCAUCUUUAUGGACACUCAAGCAUUGGCCAUUUACCUUCGCGAACAACAACGUUUCGAGGUUCCAGAAGCUCCUUGCUGCCAACCAGGGUUAUCGGGGCUGUGUAUUCCUGAUGAAACGCCGUGCAAUGAUAGGAACGCUUAUGUGUUUUGGGAUGCAUUCCACCCCUCUGAGGCAUGGAACCUACUCAAUGCAAUAACAAAUUAUAAUUCUACCUCUACUUCAGCCUUCACUUAUCCAAUGGACAUCGAGCACCUUGUUGACUAUGAAAUUAAAAUGGAAUUGGAACUCACUAAUCACUCCACUUCACGACUUAGUGCCACUGAAUAAGCUUUCGUUAUCAUGCAGUAGUUCAUGUGGGAUAUACUACUGAAUAAAAUGGCUGUCCUUCAUCAAAUAUGGUCCUACUUGUCUUGGAUUUUAUUACUUUGUAAUCUAUAGCUUGUAUGCUGUCAUGAAUGCAGGCAUAGUUGUUGUUGUUUUUGUGGAAUGCAAUUCUAAAUCAAGGAUGUAAUAUAUAAUUUGCAAAACUAAUGAAUAAUGAGUUUAUCAUUCUACCAGUAAAA